AUGGUUGGGGUCUCCACGUUGACUAAGGGCCUCCAGGUUGACCAAGGCACCAUAGUUGGGGUCUUCACGUUGACUAACCCACCAUGCUCCAUGGCGGUGCGGCUGGGCGAGCACAGCCUGCGGCGCGCCGAGGGCACCGAGCAGUGCGUGAGCUCGGCGGGCGCCUUCGUGCACCCGGCCUACGACGCGGCCACCCACGACAGCGACCUCAUGCUGCUGCGGCUGCAGCGGCCGGCGCGGCUCACGCGGCACGUGCAGCCCGUGGCGCUGCCCCGCCGCUGCCCCCCGCCCGGCACCGAGUGCGUCGUCUCCGGCUGGGGCAGCACCAGCAGCCCCCAAGGCUACUUCCCCGACGUGCUGCAGUGCGGCGUGGUCUACACCAUGGCCAACGAGGAGUGCGGCCGCCUCUACCCCGAGGGCGUCACGCGCAACAUGCUCUGCGCCGGCCGCCGCGCGGGGGGCACCGACUCCUGCCAGGGCGACUCGGGGGGCCCGCUGGUGUGCGGCGCGGAGCUGCAGGGCGUCGUGUCGUGGGGCGUGCAGGAGUGCGGCCGGCGCGGCAAGCCCGGUGUCUACACGCGCGUCUGCGCCUUCCGCGCCUGGAUCCAGGACACCAUGCGGCGCCACGGCGGGCCCUGA